AUUUACAUCACCAUCACGGGCAGGUUAAGUGGGGUCAGCGGAUACUACGCUUCCUCGACGUAAUCAACGCCAUGAAGAUAUCAAUCAAUUGCGACAUGGGCGAGGCGUUUGGACGUUGGAAGCUGGGGCCAGACGAGGAGCUCAUGCCGCUUAUUGACUAUGCGAACGUUGCAUGUGGGUUUCAUGCCGGUGACCCGUCAAUCAUGUUGAAGACCGUACGACUCGCUAAGAAGUAUGGUGUCAAGGUCGGUGCACAUCCAGGGCUCGACGAUAUCAAGGGUUUUGGCCGUCGUGAAAUCGAUGUCAAACCUGAAGAGCUCUACGCGCAGACUCUUUACCAGGUCGGAGCGUGUAAGGCGAUCCUAGAGGCAGAGGGAAUGUCUCUUCACCACGUCAAAGUGCAUGGGAAACUGUACUUCAUGAUGACUAGAUCAGAAGCCAUCGCAGAUGCAGUUGUUAGAGCUAUCGCAUCGUUCAAGGUCCCCAUGUUUGGACUCUCCAGCACGUUGCAUGAAACGAGCGCGAACAAAUACGGCGUCCCUUUCCAUCCGGAAACGUAUGUCGACAUUGACUACAGUCCGGAGGGACAACUGCAACCGGUCGACUUUGACAAUUUAGUGAGCGUCGAAAUGAUUAAGAAGAGGAUCCGGAGCCUAGCGGAAACUGGGUGUGGAAUCGACACCGCUGGCGCACCUCUACCUUUCUUGUUCGCCAAGCAACCGAAAGGAGGACUGAAACACGUACCCGAGGAAGCAUACACUAUUUGCCUGCACGGAGACAUGCCGAGCGCUUUAGAAAACAUCAAAGGCGCACGCGAAGGCAUCAAUGCUGCUGGUGUGAAUCUAUGAAUUAUAAUCAUGGAGGAUUGACAGCAUGAAGAGUUUAUUACUUACCACAUACACUUAAGCUAUCCGAGUAGUCCA